GCGACACAUUAGUCAUCGCGUGCUUCAGCAUGGCCCCCAAGCAGCGCAUCCACAAGUCGAUUGAAGAGAAGGUGCGCAUCAUUGCAUGCGUGGAAGGAGGUAUGUCGCAUCUCGCGGCAUCCAAGGAGUUUGGCGUGUCCAGGCCUGCAGUGACGAAGAUGCUCAAGGAGAAGGACCUGAUCACAGCCAAGCACGAACAGCCGUGGUCGGCAACACCCGUGGCAGCGCCGCACAAGCGCAAAAAGACUCCACGCCGCCACGACACCCUUUCGGUGGACAUCAAAUCCGACGGCGCGUCGUCGUCAUCGUCGUCAUCCUCCGCCCCGGCUGUGUCGUCGCCGGAGCCCACACAGAUCGACGUCCAGCCCCUGCUGCACGCCCACCACGUGCUCACAGACGACAACACAUCAUCAUCCACCGAUCAACCCCGGCGUCCUCGCGUGCUUCUCGCAGCCUCGGGUUCCGUCGCGACGGUGAAAGUGCCUGCGUUGGCAGUCCAACUCGCCGCCGUCGCCGACGUCCGCGUCGUCGUGACCAAAGCCGCCCAAUUCUUCCUUGACAAGGCCGCGACAUACGAUCCCGAGGCACAUGCCGCAUUCAUCGCGCUCUCUCUUCCGAUCCUUCGCGACGACGACGAAUGGAAUGCCUGGUCCAGCCUCGGCGACCCCGUCCUUCACAUCCACUUGCGUGAUUGGGCGGACGUCAUGUGCAUCGCCCCGCUGUCGGCCAACACCAUGGCCAAACUCGCCGGCGGCCUCUGCGAUAACCUCGUGACUUGUGUGGCGCGGGCGUGGAGUACAGCUAAGCCACUAAUCGUAGCUCCAGCCAUGAACACCCAAAUGUAUGCGCAUCCUGCGACAGAGUCCCACUUGCACCUGCUGCGGUCGUUUGGGUACAGUAUCGUCAGUCCCGUGUCCAAGACACUGGCUUGCGGCGAAGUCGGGAACGGCGCGCUGGCGUCCGUCGACACGAUCGUCGGCACUGUCGUCCGCAGCCUCGUCCUCCUCGCCCCCUCCACCCCUCACGCCCCGUCUCCUCUGUAACAUCAUCGCACAUAUCGGUUACUUUAUCUUUGUUGACGUCCAAAUCUUCAUUGUAUCUGGUAUGGCGGGAUGGAUGCUGCUACUUAAGUACUAUUACCAAGUCGAUUCGAACUUGGAGUACGAUAGUUGGGGGUCGACUGAGCAGAAGCCUACCAAGGCCGGAAG